AUGCGUUUCACCUCCGUCCUCGUUGCCGGCGCCUUCGCUGCCAUGGCCUCUGCCCAGGGUACUGCCACUGCUUCGCUCUCCCCCGCCCAGCAGUCCCAGAUCGACUGCAUUGACGCCUGCGAUGCUGGUGAUGUCAAGUGCCAGUCUUACUGCAUCACUGUCCCUUCUCCCAACGAGAAGCAGGUCAACGCCACCAACGAUUGUGUCGCCGGCUGCCCCAAGGGCAAGGGUUCCGAGGCCGACACCCAGAAGUACGCUGCCUGUCUCCAGGAUUGUGUUGCCAACAACUACUGGAAGACCGUUGACGGUACUCCCCGCGAGACCGCCGCCUCUGGCAGCUCCGAUGAAGAGAAGGACUCCAGCAGCAAGGCUGGCUCCAAGGCCACUGCCACUGGCACCGAAGCUGACUCCACUGCCGCCGCCUCUGCUUCUGCCUCCGACGAAAAUGCUUCCGAGACCGCUUCCGAGUCUGAGGCCUCUGGCACUGCUUCCGGCACUGCUGCUUCCUCCAGCGAGACUGGCAACGCUGCUCCCGCCCUCGUCGGUGGCGUCUCUCUCCUGGGUCUCUUCGCUGCCGUCCUUGCUCUGUAA